CUCAUCUUUCCUGACUCCCAGAGGCGUCGCGGAAAAACUAACGACGGUUUGCUGUGGCUCUGUGGGUGGGAGAAAUAAAGAGCGGACAGUGGAGUCCCUUCCCGUUUGUGCACACUGAAAUGGCUCAGAGGCAGGACAAGCAGAGAGAGGACGUUCCCUUGAUGGCGGAAGGAAAGUCAGACUCGGAGGUUAAGCUCAUUCUGUACCACUGGACGCAUUCUUUCAGCUCUCAAAAGGUGCGCUUGGUAAUUGCUGAAAAGGCAUUGAAGUGCGAGGAACAUGAUGUAAGUCUGCCCUUGAGUGAACACAAUGAACCUUGGUUUAUGCGUUUGAACUCAACUGGAGAAGUGCCUGUCCUUAUCCACGGGGAAAACAUUAUUUGUGAGGCCACUCAGAUCAUUGAUUAUCUUGAACAGACUUUCCUGGAUGAAAAAACACCCAGGUUAAUGCCUGACCAGGGAAGCAUGUAUUACCCACGGGUCCAGCAUUAUCGAGAGCUGCUGGACUCCUUGCCAAUGGAUGCUUAUACACAUGGCUGCAUUUUACAUCCCGAGUUAACAGUGGACUCCAUGAUCCCAGCUUAUGCAACAACAAGGAUUCGCAGCCAAAUUGGUAACACAGAGUCUGAGCUAAAAAAACUUGCUGAAGAAAACCCAGAUUUACAAGAGGCAUACCUUGCCAAGCAGAAGCGACUUAAAUCAAAGCUGCUUGACCAUGACAAUAUAAAAUAUUUGAAGAAGAUACUUGAUGAAUUGGAGAAAGUCUUGGAUCAGGUUGAAACUGAAUUGCAAAGAAGAAACGAAGAAACCCCAGAAGAGGGACGCCAGCCUUGGCUCUGUGGAGAAGCCUUCACCUUGGCAGAUGUCUCUCUUGCUGUCACAUUGCAUCGGCUGAAGUUCCUGGGGUUUGCAAGGAGAAAUUGGGGAAAUGGAAAGCGACCCAAUUUGGAGACCUAUUAUGAGCGUGUCUUGAAGAGAAAAACAUUUAAUAAGGUUUUAGGACAUGUCAACAAUAUAUUAAUCUCUGCAGUGCUGCCAACAGCAUUCCGGGUGGCCAAGAAAAGGGCCCCAAAAGUUCUUGGCACCACCCUUGUGGUUGGUUUGCUCGCAGGAAUGGGUUAUUUUGCCUUUAUGCUUUUCAGAAAGAGACUUGGCAACAUGAUAUUAGCACUUAGACCCAGGCCCAGUUAUUUCUAGGUUUGUAGGGACCUAGGGGUGGCAACUUAUCCAGCCCUUCAGCAAGACCCUGUGUACUCUCCUGGCUCAGUGAAGAAUGAUCCUGGGCAACUAGUAACACACAUAAUUUAUUUUCCUCAUUGGGUAGUUUAUGUGGGGAGAGGAGGCAAUGAAAAUGUUUUUCUGAGCUGGUAAUUUUGAGAUGACUUAUUUGCCAAUCUGAAGUAAUCCAUCAUUAAAACUUGUGUGCAAGGUCAAGAUAUAUAAAUAAUGUCAGAUAGAGAGCAAAGUUUUAGCUCAGAAUGUCAGCUAAAGUUCUGAAUUAUUUUUUGGAGAAGUUAUUAUGAGUAGACUGUAGUAAUAACCUGUGAUUGCCCAUUGCUCUUCCAUUCAACAUCUGAAUGUGCUGAGAGUUGAAUAGUUGGUGGUGUUUCCCUGGGGUUCAGCCACCAUUUUUGUUAGACAUCAUAGAGAUCAGACAGCAGUAGAGUACAGCAGUACUUCAUACUAUCUAGCUGCUAGUUUUAGGCAGAACUAAGGGAGAUAAAGGAAAAGAGGAGGGAGGGAGGGAGAAUGAAGCCUCUAAUAGUGAAGAGCCAUCAAAUACAACAUCCAGGUGUCUCCAGUGCCACUGAUGGCACCUGGCUCCUUGGUAAGCAUAACAUUUAACGACAUACAGUCCCUUCCUCACAUCCAUCCUUCUUUUGUUGAGAAUUUUUGGGAAAAGGGGACCAGAGAGUUACUGGUGGGGGUGGGUAAUACGUUAGAAAGAAUCCCAGGCUUUACAUUUACAGCAACUCAUUUGACCUUAGUCAAAUGCUGAUAAACCCCACUCAUUGAUUUAGUGCAUUAGUUGCUUAUAUCUGUAUAUGAGAUGCUCACUGGAACAUGACAGCCUGGCAUUUACCUGAAACCAAAGGGAUAUUUAAAAAAAAUGUGGUUCCUUCCCCCGCAACCCCCAACUUUCCUCCAAUUUGAUGGUACCUGUGGCAAAUGUUUCCUAUGGACAGUUGUCUUCAGUGACUGGGGGGAGGGCCACAUCCCUUUUAUGCGCACAACUGGCAUGUAGAUGAAUGUCCUAGCUACUCACUAGCACAGUAAAUAACUGGGUAAUAGAUAUUUUGAUGGUCCUGGGCUAAACAGGCUCAUGUGGGAGGCUCAUGUGCAAAAACUCUUAUCCUGGGCUUGCAUCUAUUUUUGAUCAUCAAGAAAGCCUCUAAGAUUACAGAGAAUCUUAGUCUUAGCCAUGGGCAUUUGUUUUAUAGGAUCAAAUAAUUGUAUAGAUGCUGACGCCCCCCUGUAUUCAUUCAGGUCUGUCUCGGCUUUCUGGGGUGGGAGACUCAUUCCAUCUGUAAUGAGUGUAUCCAUGAGCAAUCACAAAACUUUAUCACACAGUACGUGCUUAGGAAAAAUGUUUCAUGGUGACAUGGAAGAUAGAUUUCUCAAGGCCAAAAGGUCUUAAGAAUAGUUUCAGGUCUCUGGUGGAGAAUACAGAGAAAGCUGAGCUAAGGUUCCAGUGAACAACGCUUGCUUUGGAUUAACUCAGAUUGACUGCAAAAUAGCUAAAGAAUGUGCUGACUUUUUCACUAAUAGGAAACCGUCUUACCUAGGAAACAGUACAUUUUUGAUGGUAAAAUGAUUCUAUGACUCCCUUAAUUAUCCAGUUGUUUUAGAAAAUUUUGAUCAACUGGAUGUUCCCUGUUUACAAAAAUUAAAAUCUCCAGAAUAGAAUCAUUCCAACAACAAUUAGUAGGAGAGCAGCAUUUGUUUUAAUUUUACACCACUAGUGACCACUAGAUGUCGCUGUUCAUCUAGGAGUUUGAUAUUGGGCCUCAGGUUCAACAAUUCUUGUGCGCUAUCUCAAGUGAUGAUAAAUUUAAUGACCUUAGUUCUUGAAAUGAGGGUAUCUUAAUCUGAUCAUCUUUAAAAAAGCUCGAGGCAUAUGUAAUAUUGAUUUCUAAUGCUUUGGAAAUUAUGACUGCCACACAAUGUCAAGUAAGAGAGCUGAAUGUAUACUUUUACCAAAAUAGGCACUUUUCCUUUGCAUGAUUAUUGAUAACUGGCUAACGUGCUUCUCACUUUCAAAAUUUGUAUGAAUGUCAUGUAGAAAAAUGCUUGAGAUACUAAGUUACAUUGUCUAUGUCUUAAUACAUAGGUUUUAUCUUAUUGUUACUGUAAUUCCACUCUCCUUAAUUGCUGAUAUUAUAAAUUAAUGUAUUAUAAAAUUGCUUAUUUGAUUUUUUAGUAAUUAUUGGUAUGACACCAGAGUUGUAGAAUUUUUUGAUGUUGCUGAAUGUAAUAAAUAUAUCAAGAUUAUCUGUCUGUAAGAUCUAUAAAGGUAAUUGGAGAAUAAAUAUGAACUCUAAAAGCACUAAUUUUGUAAUUUUUUGAGAAAACAGUUGUAUUUUUUGUUAAAAAAAAUCAAAGCAUAAUUAGAGGGAAUAAAAUAAGCAGAGAUUAGAUAUCCCAAGUAUUUAGCUAUAGAAUGCCAUAUUUUCCUUAUAAAUAUCACUGAGUCAAGACUUAGAUGUAUACAAUUUUACAGUGUACGGUAGGUUAAGGGAUAAUAUACUAAUACUGUCCAAUAGGGAGUUCUAAUGCAGCAUCCACCUCACAGGUG